ACGACUUCUCUCAAAUCGGCACAUUCUUCUAAGAGAUGACCGCACAAAAGUAACUUAAACCUUCGUAUAUUCGCAGUACUUUCUUAGAUCUCGUUUUCAGGAUUUUAUCAUAUGACUACAAUUUUGUUUUAUAUAUAUAUAUAUAUAUAUAUAUAUAUAUAUAUAUAUAUAUGCUCGUUACGUAUAUAUACAGCGUGCCGUUUUAAUGCAUCACGAAAAUAAAUCAAAUUUCGUGAAUCUAAGAUCCUCGUGUGAGUUAUUCGUAUGUUUUAGGAUUUUAUAUAAACUCGCAUUAGUCGCAACGGAUCUUGAAGUCGGGUAAUAUCGAUAUCGAUAAUCAGUUCAAGACACUGACGCGAUACUCUAUCGCUCCUGUACCGCAAUCAAAUUUACGAACGAGAUGCAUAGCAUUGCAUACAUAUAUAUGUAUAUAAACUUCUAUACAUAUAUCGCCAGUCGCGUGCGGUUUGUUCAUGCGCGAUUAUCGCAAUUUCCGAUGUCUUCUUAGUUAUCGCUCGCGAUAGACUGAGCUACAGAUAGAAGUAAAUAUGCAGUUUAUAUGAAACGACAGUUUUUAAUCAACUGAGUUUGGGAAAAUCAUGAAUUGAUGAAUAUACUAUACUAUGUUCGCUUCCUAAUCUUGUACAUAAUAUAUAGAAAUUAAUCUUGAACAGAAGAAACUCUUGCACAUAACGACACCAUGAUUUUUUGACGAAAAGAAUGUAAAGCAUUUUAUUAUACACUACUUAAAAGAUCAAUCGGUAUUUCUAGUCACUUUUCUGGCUCGAUACUAUCUGAUCAGUCAUAUUGAAUAUUCUUGAUUUAUCUCGACUAGCCACAAAUGAACGGAAAUAGAUAUUUACAUUUCGUUGCAUUUUUUACUAGUACAUUUUUCUAUUAAAAAAUAAUGCAUUGUAAAUCAAUUUUUCAACCUUGAUUGAAGCCGGAGAAGUGUCUAAAAGAAAAAUAUCCUAAGUUUUGAGUAGUAUAUAUGCAAAGAAGAAACAAAACUGGAAAAAGGAAAAUGAAAUUAAGAUGAAAUCAGAACAGCCGAAGAAUUAUGUACAUCGUUCGCAACUUGUAGUUUUAGAAUUUAAUCAUAUAUAUAAGACAAAAUUAAUUUAAGAGAAAAUUAUAGGAAAAUUAUUUGUGUAUUGAUCUCUGAUAAUGAAAAUUCGAGGUUGUGACGUCACUUUAGGUUCAUUAAUAAAAUUUUAGCUUGCCAUUCUUUACAAUCCAAGGCAGGAUUUGUGAUAAAGUGUUUUUGUUACAAUAUUAUUUACAUUAAUAUUUAUUAAUAAUAUUUACUACAGUAAAUAUUUUCUAGAAAAAUAUUUUUGUUACAAAAGAUUUGUCACAAAUUCUUCCUUCAAGCUAGAAAUUGUCAUAUACUCCUGCAAGACUUUCGUACGAAGGCAAUAAUUAUAUAUUCACAGUUUUAUGUAUGUACAUGGAUUAUAUACAUAUUUUUCGUAGUACGAAGCAUGAUGUAAGUAUACAUCAUCAUCAUUAUCAUCAUCAUGGUAUGAUGAAGAUACGAUCAGAUUGAAAAGCGACGACUCUCGAGUUUACGUGUAAUAAGCUGUAACGAUAGAUCGACAUACAUUACACAUAUAAAUCCAAAAUGGCAUUGCGCAUACUUUAUGUAAGUCGGUCCGAGAUAAAUCAAGUAUUAUAUAUUUAUGUUCACUUCACCAUAAGAAUACAUAUAUAGACAUUUUUAACUAUUUGUAAUAAAAAAUAAAGAAAUCUAUAUGUGUAGCUCUGCGUCAACUUAUUAUAAAUUUUCUUGCGGAUACGAAGAAAUAUAAAAUCCUGGAAUAUAAAGAAUUCUUAAUCAAUUAAAAAAUUCAAAAACAGAAUAAAAUUAACACGAGAAUAUAAAAAUAAUCUAUAUCAUAAGUUGCGUGUUUGCGUGUAUACGAAUGAAAUAAUGUAGACAACAAAUUGCCGCUUUCAAAAUAUUUGUACAAAAUCCAAGAUGGUAGUUGUUGCGGGAAGCCGGCGGACGUCCUUGUCACUGGUAUUAUCCACGAGGCACUGCAUCACGAAAACGUGACGCACAGUAAUAGUAGACGAUGAUAAAAAUCUUAGGGCGACUGAUAUCCCGCGAAUAUUAGAGUCACGAAUGCGCGACAUUUUUCGGCCACUUGGCGAAAGUCUAACCUCACCGUCGAAAGGGGGGAAAGCCAAGAGUUCGCUUAAUUUAUGCUCGUACAUGGAGCAAUUACUCAUGCGUGGCGGCGAGUAGCGCAACAUUGCGCUACGUCUCUCGUUGGUAGAACCAUCUGUCACAGUAAAUUUGCAACUAACUCGUCCUCGACUAAGUUCCUCUCGACUUGCAGAAGCUCCGAGAUGCGGACCUCGAGGGAACCUUGUUGUACGGCGCGUCGGAUAUGCAGUAAAGGAAAUAAUUUAUAACGCAAGAUAAUCAUCAGGAUGAUGUCCCAAACGUCACACGUGAUGACGCUCGCCAACAGCAUUAUCGGCGUGAGCGUCCUGGCGAUGCCCUUUUGCUUCAAACAGUGCGGCAUCCUGCUGGCCGUGCUGAUGUUGUUGCUGUGCAGCACCAUGUCCCGAUUGGCCUGUCACUUCCUCGUCAAAUCGGCCGUGAUAUCGAGAAGACGCAACUUCGAAUUGCUCGCCUUCCAUGCGUUUGGCCAUAUGGGAAAGUUCCUGGCGGAGCUUUUCAUCAUUGGCUUCAUGUUGGGCACGUGCAUCGCCUACUUCGUCGUUGUCGGCGAUCUGGGACCACAGAUAAUUGGAAAAGUGAUUAACAAGGUGCCGGCAGACAUUCGCACUAGUUUGCUAAUUAUCACCGGAGUCUUUAUCGUUCUGCCUCUGGGAUUACUCCGUAAUAUCGAUAGUCUGUCUAGCAUUUGUACUGCUACUAUCGUCUUCUACCUCUGUCUUGUACUAAAGAUAAUGAAUGAAUCGACUGCACAUGUCUUUGCGGGAGAGUGGAUCGAUAACGUUAAUUACUGGAGACCAGCUGGUAUCCUUCAGUGCCUGCCAAUAUUUUCCAUGGCGCUCUUCUGCCAGACGCAACUGUUUGAAAUAUACGAGACCAUUCCAAAUGUAUCCUUGGAGAAGAUGAACGACGUUGUACGGGGUGCAUUAAAUAUAUGUACUCUCGUGUACAUGUGCGUUGGCUUGUUCGGCUACGUCGCAUUCUAUACUCAAUCGUUCGCAGGAAACAUCUUGCUGAGUUUCGAGCCUAGCGUCGUGUCGGAGCUGAUUAAGCUGGGAUUCGUAUUCUCGCUCGCGUUCAGUUUCCCUCUAGUCAUUUUCCCAUGUCGCGCGAGCCUGAACUCACUCUUGUUUCGUCGGGUAUGUGUACAUACCUUGCAAAGUAAAGAAUCGAGAUUCCGGUGCCUCACUAUCGCGAUAGUCGCUAUCUCUCUGGUUAUCGGCAUUUUAGUGCCGAACAUAGAGUUCGUCCUUGGCAUCGUAGGAUCGACAAUCGGCGUGAUGAUUUGCUUGAUAUUCCCCGCUGCAUUUUUUGUCUCCAUAAGCAGCAGAAAUACUAACGAGAGACUGUUGGCACAGGGCAUUUUGUUCAUUGGCGUUUGGAUCAUGGUUCUUGGUACGUAUGCCAAUUUGUACGCUAUGGAACAAUCCACAAGUGCGAAAUUAGCCGCUGCGACAAGUAAGCCGCCAAACCAGAUCAAUAAUCUGCCAUUAAAUGUAAUUAAGAACGAUCUACACGUCAUUCCCGAUGGUCCCAAUUUGGAACUCAUUCCACUGGCUAAAGAUAAAAUUAACAAAGAACCCGAGGUAAAUGUACUCGACAAAGAAUCCGAUUUAAAGGCGAAAGACGUUCGACAAGAACCGCCAAUCCCCGUGGAACGAGUGCUUAUCACCGAAAAACCUGAUAAAAUAGCGGCAGGCACUUUUGUGCCAGAAAUAAAAAAUGUAAUUGAAACGAUGAAAGCUUUAAACGGAAAUUUAAAUAUACAAUCACAAGUGAUCGUGAAUACAGACAUUGCUAAAGUUGAUGAAUCCGUUGUCACAUUGAAGUCGGAAGAGAAGAUAAAACUAAUCGAAGAAAAGGAACACGCUAUAGAUUUGCAGAAAAGUGACAAUCUCAUUAAUUUGGACGCGAUAAAGAAGGAGGAGUCGGAGUUGGCGGCUGAUGGAGACGUCGCUAAUGCCAGAGCGGCGGAGCGGCAUGAACAACUCAGGAAAACGCUGGAAAAGCACAAGCAGGAGCAACGUCAGAUGAUGCAGGAGCAAAAGGAGAUUUUGAAGGACAUCAAAGAACAGAAACAGGAAUUUGAGAGAGAGAAACAGAGAAUGGCGAAGGAUACUCAGGAGAUACUCAGGAAAAAUGAGAAAAAAGUUGAAAUUAAUGUGAAGGAAGAUGCUUUGCCGAAAACCGAAAACAAUUUAAGAGAUAGCGAUAAAAGAGCUGAGGAGAAUAACGAGAUCGGUCUUGAAAAAAGUAAUAAAAAAGUUUCGGAAGAGAAAGAACGGAGUGUAGUGGACGAAUUAAAAUUAAAUGAACAACAAAAGCUGGACGAGAGUAAUAAUGCAAAUAUCGCGGUAGAGAAUAGCGAGAAAAAGUUAGAUUUGAUUCAGGAAAUUCCUCAUAACAAAAUCGUAGGAGAAUCGCAGAAGAUAUCAGAAAAUGCGGCAGAUAAAACUCUUUCCGUGGAAAAGACUGUUGCCGACCGCCAAGCGUUUGCAGGAUCAGCGUUGCAAAAGGAAAAACAAGAAGGCGAAACAAAAGUAGGGAUAAUAGAAUCCAAUAAUUCGGACAAUUUGAAGAGUCCUAUCGUGAAUGUUUUGUCAAAGGGAGUUUUACAAAGAUCCAUCGCGGAAGAAGGACCGCUGAGGGAAAGCGACGAUCAUCAGACGAAGGAGGAAAAGAGAGAACUUCUUCUCGCGAAUGAAGUUAUAAAUGCAUCGGACAAAUCGCAAGCUAAGCUGGACAGAUUCUCUGUACCUGUGGCACUAAAAAUGACGAAUCAAUCGAACUUGGACAAGAUAGUUGCUCCGUCGAAGAACAAGAGUGAACCAGAGAUUCUUGCUAUACGCAGGGAUAUUUUGGCGAACGAACGUGAGAAGAGGGACGUCGAUGCGACAAUGAGUGCGAACGACACAAAAGUCAGCAGCAAUCAUUUAUCUGAAAAAUCCGAAUUUCUCGUCGGAGAUGCUAACGAUCCUGAGACUUGCUCGAAGGAAGAGAAAGCGAAAAAAUCGGAAACCGAGAAGCAAUCUGAAAAGCGGAUACCCAAGUUGAGUACAACCGAAGCGCCUCUGAUUAAAACGAACGUAUAUUUGUCUGAGCAAGGAAUAACGAAAACGUUGUCUAUAGAUACGCAUGUUGCUUCGAAGGUGGAGUACGCGAAUGUGAAACAGAGAGACUUGAAGGCUUUAAAUCAUAAGGACAAUAUAGAAAUAUGAAAGUACCUAAUGAUCCGAAGCAGUAGGAUUCAUGGCAUAAUAAAGUCAAACCUGUUUAUAACUCGCAGAUUAUAUUUCCAGUUGCGUAUUGAGUGUGCGUUAUUAUUUAUAUUAAUAAUUAUAGUUGGAUUAAAUUAUUGUUAAAUUUUAAACAACCUGAAUUUCGCAAACAUUUGCUGGCGUACUUGUGAGGAUAUAACGGAAUACAUAUUAUAUAUAUAUAUAUAUAUAUAUAAUGCUUGCGCGUAUGCAUUAUUUAUUAUUUAUAUUAAUAAUUAUAGUUGGAUUAAAUUAUUGUUAAAUUUUAAACAACCUGAAUUUCGCAAAACUUUAACGGAAUACAUAUUAUAUAUAUAUUUUGUUUGCGUGUAUGCACAGUGCGUAUCUGAAUGUGAUGUAUUUAUGGUGCAUGACUGCUGUAUAUUUUCUAAACUAUUUUUAUGUAGCAUAAGGAUUGUAAAGAAAUAACGGAUACUAGGUUAAGAAAUCUGUAUAAGACCAAAUAUAAAGCAUAUUUUUACACUG